CUGGGGCAGAGGCACUCUUCAGUCAAACUGUCAUUCGUUAACUGUCAGCGAAAAUCAACAUGACAAUAUUUCUCGUGAUUUUUUCUCUGCUGAUUGCACUGACAUCCGGUUCCUUCGGGCACAUUGGGUUUUACGGAUAUCAUGGACCAUUUGCUCCACUAUCGAGUGAUGGUAGAGUGAUAGAAACACCGGAAGUCGCCCACGCAAGAGCAGCGCACUUAUCUGCGUACGCAUCAGCAUUAUCAUCGUAUCACUCUAAGGAAGAAAUGAGAAAUGACGAGUCAGUGGAAAAUGACAAUUCAUCUGAGUCCAAGGAAGAGCAGACAGGUGCCCACGAUCCAGCGCCCUUGGGCGAAGAUGGUCGUGUCGUUGACACAAUAGAGGUUGCACGGGCCAAGGCCGCUCAUCUGGCCACUCAUGCUGAGGCGGUGAAAAAAAUUGCUGCAGCGUACCCCGAGGCUGCAAUUGUUUGGGAGGAUGACACUGAUGCUAAUCACUUACUCCUGGUACCUUCUCACGUCACCCACACAAUUCCCCAUAAAACAUCGGCGUAUCGUGGCCCAUCGGCACCACUUGCAUCUGAUGGUACUGUCAUCGAUACCAAGGAAGUUGCCGAGGCCAAAGCCGCGCAUUUUCGCGUUCAUGCUGCUGCACUCGCUGAGGUACAGCGCAUCAAUGACAAUUGCCACUGUUGAGAUGGAGAACGACUUUUCAAAAAAUAAUGAUCAUGCGAUAAUUAUUUAUGUAUAUAAAUUUUUGUUACAUGCAUAGAAAGAGCGUUAUAAGCUUCUGAGUCCGGGAUGAUAAAACAAAUUUGUUUUCCCAUUUUCUCUGCGCUCGAAGGAUUUAUUAUCUAGUAAAAAAAUAAAUCCGCAAAUAAGCGAAAUCAGUAUUUGGUGGGUGAAAUGAUUCGAUUCUUCCAGUAGUUUCGUCCUACUGAAUAUUUCUCGACGUUUAUUUAGAGAUAUGAAAACGCUAUAUGCAGAAUACGAGAAAGUCUUUAUGGCAGGGACGGGGUAGAGCAGAAGCAGCUGGAAACAUUCCAUCUUAGGCCGAGGUACGUGCGACCUUGUAAAAUGCAAUAACUGCCGUGCUCCCCUGAUCGAUAAGUGCCAGUGUGCCAUGGAAGCAUAAAAUUCCAACUUCCACAAUGUCAAGUGACCGUGGUGACCUGUGAACUGACCAUGACGUGUAACUCACCGCGCCUUCUCAAUAAAUUAUGCACAAACUUACAAUCAGAUAAAUGCAUUCGUUUUAUUUACGUUUCAUUGAUCACAAUAAGAAUAGUAAUAUCCUGGCAUAAUCCACGUUUCAUAUGGAAAAUCGAGAAGUUCGCUGUGAUUCAGCUACUGAUUUUCACGAUUCACAGAGGAAAUAAUAAUUCUGCUCGUAAUAUUUCUGGGAUUUU